AUGAUGGCCUUCGGCUUGCUGCUGCUCUCGCCGGCGUCGCCGACGCCGCUCCCGCUGCACGCCAGGCCCCCCGCCGCCGCCGCCGCCGCCUUCCUGGCCGCGGCACGCCGUGGUGGACGGCCGCGCCGCUGCCCGCCGGAGCCUCGCUGCCGCCCGCAGGAGACGGCGCCCAGUGGCGGCGGCGGCGAGGGGACCGCCGCGACCGCGGCUGCUGCUUUACGUCCCCCGGACCUCGACGACGACGGCCGUCCAGGGGAAACAUCUAAUAAUGGAUAUUCUGGGAGCUGGCAAACAAGGCAACAUAGUACUGAUGAUAUUUCCAGGAGCAAGCCCAAGCCAGGUUACAUCAAAGCAUUUGGGGUAGAUUUGUCUGCUGAUAAUGUCGCUGUUGCUAUCGUUUAUUUUGUGCAAGGAGUUUUGGGUCUUUCCAGACUCGCUGUGAGCUUUUACUUAAAAGAUGAUCUUCAUCUUGAUCCAGCAGAGACUGCAGUGAUAUCUGGUUUAUCAGCAUUGCCAUGGUUGGUCAAGCCCCUUUAUGGCUUUAUCAGUGAUUCCUUCCCUCUCUUUGGAUAUCGAAGAAGGUCCUACCUUAUUCUGUCAGGACUUCUUGGAGCACUUUCAUGGAGUUUGAUGGCAACAAUUGUGGAUGAUAAAUACAGUGCAGCAUUCUCUAUUAUUCUUGGGUCUCUUGCAGUUGCCGUUGCUGAUGUUGUGGUUGAUUCUAUGGUUGUUGAGAGAGCUCGUGGUGAACCACAGAGUAUAUCUGGAUCUCUCCAGUCAUUGUGUUGGGGAUCGUCAGCCUUUGGUGGAGUUAUGAGUGCAUACUUCAGUGGUUCUCUAGUUGAGACUUACGGCGUAAGAUUUGUCUUUGGUGUUACAGCAUUUUUGCCCCUCAUGACAUCUACUGUUGCAGUUCUUGUAAAUGAACAACGUUUGCCUUUGGGGGAAGAUGCCACCUCACCUUCAGGUUCAGGGUUAAUUGAAAGCUCUAAGCAGCAUAUUAUGCAGAUUUGGACUUCAGUAAAACAACCCAAUAUCUUCCUACCCACCUUGUUCAUAUUCCUUUGGCAAGCAACACCACAAUCAGAUUCCGCCAUGUUUUUCUUCAUCACAAAUAAGCUUGGAUUCACUCCAGAGUUUCUAGGGCGUGUCACACUCGUUACAUCUAUUGCAUCCUUGCUCGGAAUAGGAGUAUAUAAUUCAUUUUUGAAGGAAGUUCCAUUGAGAAAAAUCUUUCUUGUGACUACAAUAUUUGGCUCUGCCCUCGGAAUGACACAGGUUCUUCUUGUCACUGGGCUGAAUCGAGUUCUUGGGAUCAGUGAUGAAUGGUUCUCUAUUGGUGAUUCAUUGAUUAUCACUGUCCUUGGUCAGGCUUCCUUCAUGCCCGUGUUAGUGUUGGCGGCAAAACUCUGCCCUCCUGGAGUAGAAGCAACCUUGUUCGCCACUCUGAUGUCUAUUUCUAAUGCUGGAGGCGUCACUGGAGGCCUGCUGGGCGCAGGCCUGACGCAGCUCUUGGGAGUCACCAAAGACAACUUCCAAAACCUAGCUCUUCUGAUUGUCGUGUGCAAUCUCAGCUCCCUGCUGCCUCUACCUCUUCUUGGCCUCCUCCCAGAUGAAUCACCCGGUGGAGAUAAUGGCCAAACAAAGGUCGAUUGAGAUUAUAUCCAAGAAUGGCCCUAACUUGAAUGUAAACCGUUCACCUCAUCGCCAUUGAGAAUCAGACUGCAGCUGAACUUGGGCUUUGCAAUGUUGAUCACCCUAUAGAAGAAGAGUUUGCUUAGGUGAUCAACCGAUGGUUGCUGCCAUGUAGAGAUGUGCCUCAUGGAACACACUUGCCGCGGUUGUUAACUGGUAACUAGGUCAGGAUUGUUUACCAACAGAGCAUGGACAUGUAAACCGCAAAGUACAGCAGUGUAGGUAUGACCUUUUGUUCUUUACCAUGCAAAACGGCAGAAGAGUUUCCCGUGUAUCUACAUGUAACCGAGAGAAAUAAUAUCCAUAUUCUGAACUCUGAAGUUUCUUGUACAUAUAGAUGUAGCAUACAUGUAUAUUAUAGAUCGAUUGGAACUUUCUGACACUCAUGGUGAAGGUCUAAACGU